UCUUAAACGCUCCCUGAACUCUUGAAAACGGUCGCAUCCUCCUCUAUAAUACAAUAGUCAAAAAAAAAAAAAGAAAAGAGAGAUAAUCAGUACUAGUACUCGUUGCACAUUAAAAAAAAAAAAAGUGAACAAGCAUGCACAGCACAAACGCCAUCGUCAUCAUAAUCAUCAUCACCAAUGAUUAUUGAUUUUAUAUGUUUCCAGCGGUACUGGUAACGGCAGUUGAGCAGAUGCAGUGGUAGCCGAAUCGUUGUCUUCCACGUCCAAAAUUUCUUCUUCUUUGUCAUUGUGGCAUAAAAAGAAGCGGUUAUUAUUGUGUCACUUUGCCUCUUUUUUUUAUUGUUUUUCUUUUCUUUUUUCCCCGGUUAAUUUUCCCAGAGUGAAAUUGACUUUUGCCCCAACAACUAGUAGCAGAUUGCAAAACAGAGAGAGAUGGGGUUGCUCACAAAUAGAGUGGAGAGGACUGAUAUUAGGCCAGGUGAUCAUAUCUACACUUACAGAGCUGUCUUUGCUUACUCCCAUCAUGGUAUCUUUGUUGGUGGAAGCAAAGUGGUUCAUUUUACCCGUGUCGAAACCUCUGACCAUUCUGAUGAUGAAAUGAUAGCCCUCCCUUCAUCCUGUCCAACAUUUCCUGACUGUGGAUUUAGGCAGCCAAAGAGUGGGGUAGUACUUACAUGCCUUGAUUGUUUCCUGCAGAAUGGUUCCCUCUACUCCUUUGAGUAUGGAGUAACUCCGUCUGUUUUUUUUGCCAAAGUAAGAGGAGGCACUUGCACAACUGCAGCAUCUGACCCACCUGAAACGGUCAUUCAUCGGGCAAUGUAUCUUCUGCAGAAUGGAUUUGGGAAUUAUGACGUGUUUCAAAACAACUGUGAGGACUUUGCUCUAUAUUGCAAAACAGGCCUUCUGACAGUUGACAGUCUGGGGGUUGGAAGAAGUGGGCAAGCUUCUUCUGUUAUUGGUGCUCCACUAGCGGCGCUGCUUUCCUCUCCUCUGAAACUGCUAAUGCCAAGUCCUGUUGGUGUGGCGACAGUAACAGCUGGGAUGUAUUGUAUGAGCAGGUAUGCUACUGAUAUUGGUGUUCGCACAGAUGUCAUCAAGGUGGCAGUUGAGGACCUGGCUGUAAACCUUGGCUGGCCGGGCAGUAGGGCAGAGGUAGGAGCAGAAAGUGAGUUGUCUAUUGAGCAAAUUGCCCAGUGACUGCAUUCUUCUCCUUUCACGUGCGAUUUCAAGUAGAAACGUUGUGGUUGGGGCUAAAUAGGAUUUAAGGAACAAGAUGAGUAGGAAGAAUGUCGUGCUUCACUUCUUUCAAGUAGAAGUCUGUUUCAGAACUACCAUAUGCACGUUGGGAUGUUAAUGAAUAAUUCUUGCACUCUGAAGCAAAAGAACUUCUUGGUAUUGGUUUGAUUUGUCAUCUUAUUUUAUUUUGAUGAAAGCUUUAUUUUCUGGAAAA